AUGAAGUCCACCCACGAAGUGUACGCGGAAAUCAUUGCCUCUCACCAGGAGCUGGAACGUAUACCGACCGACGUGCACCUCUUCUGUCCCCGUCUUAGUGAUGACGAUCAGGAGGACUACGACGAUGUGGCUGGCUCAGACGCGGACAAGCUGAAGAAGAUUGAGGAUGGCCAGCGCCGUCUGCAGCUCACGUCGUGGGCAUCGCUCAUUCUGGGCAUCAACCGCGACCAGGCCGACCGCUGGCUCCCGGACUGGAUCCAGCGGACUGAGUCCUUCCUCGUCAAGUGUGACGGCUGUGUGCGGGCGUGGCACAUGGGUCGGAAGGCGUUGCGAAGUCGUCUGCUGAAAGAGUUUGACGAAGAAACAACCAACAUCAUGGAAGGCCGGCUGCACGACUAUGACACGGCCCGCAUCGACCGUGGCCUUCGCCAAGCCGUCGCCAUCCUCGAGCAGCACGGGCCCAUGUCGUCGGCCAAGCUGGUAGCCAUCGACGCCACGGCCGUGCUGGCAUUUUACGAGGCCCUCUGCUGCGUCGAGUACCUCAGCCUGCCCGAGAACCGACGCCUGUUCAACAUUGUGUUCCAGAAGACACAAGAGAAGAAGCCACUCAAGAUCGCGUCGGCCGUGAUCCCGACCAUGACCGUGUUCCUGUUCCAGGCCGACCCGCUGCGCAACCGGUUUGCCCGCACGGCCUGGGAACGACGGCCGGCUCAGUCGCUCACGCCGGAGCAGUUCGAAUGGGCCGUCAGUGACCAUCUGGCCGAUGCCAUUGACGCGGUCAGCAAGCCAGAUGCGGCCGACGCGGCCGUGCAGCUCUUCUGGGACGGUUUCCUUCUGCUGCUCGACGCCAUGAGCGAGGACGUGGUGCUGCACUGUCUGCGCGGCAUGCAGAUCCCCAUGGACGUCUACCAGCUGGCUGUGCUGCAUCUGGACCGACCGGCCGACGGGGUGCUGGCCGGCAGCUUGCGCGCGCUCUGUGCCCUGAUGGACAAGUCGGCCAAGGCGUUUUGGGAUGCGCUCUCGCGCAUGAACCCGCCGCAGCUGCCCAUGUUUCUGUGCCGUAGCCCAGCCUUUGCGCCCUUUCUGGCGCGCUCCUUUGAGGAGGCCAUGCAGCUGGUGCCCGACAGCACUAGCACGCGCGCCCGUAUGCCGCUGUUGGUGGCCUUUGUGCGCUCGCUGAUGCGCUCGCUCAAUCGAAAUCAGCGCUCAGACGUGUGCGACUACCUGCUGUCCGUCUUUCUCACCAACACAGCUGACCCGGCCGUCACGGCCACGCGCGAGGGCCACUCCACCUGCAUCGUAGCCGGCCUGACCGCCCUGCAGAUGACCCUGGACGGCUACCUGGACGCCCGCUACCGCCUGACGUCCGAGAGCGCUCUGUUUGUCACCACCGUCAUCAACAGCGCGGUCAAGCACCACGACUACGUUGUGCGCUCGGCGAAUCUGCACCCCAGCGACCGCUAUAACAUCGGUUUGUCGCAGGCGGCUGUUGGUGUGGUCGAGUCAGCCCUGGCCCUCGAUACCCGCGCCAUCCAGGACGAGUGGCGAUCGCUGCAGCAAAACGCCCGCCUGCCACCGGGCAACGAGCGCCGGUCAGCCCAGCUCUGGCACGGCUUCCGCACAGCUCUGGGCCCCGGUCGCCUCGACCUGGCGCGCGUCAUGCUCACGGCCACGCUGUCGCUGCGCGGAAUCCAGCGUUUCUCGCCCAAGAAGCGCCAGGUCCAGGUCGAGGACGGACCCCGACGGCGGUUUAACGACGAGCUCGAGCCGGCUGCCGAGGCCAUUGCGCAGACCAUUGAGCGCGUCGGCGAGAGCCUCAGCUGUGCCGACCUCAAGACGCUCUGCUCCGACACGCAGAGCCGCUCCAUGGAUGCGGUGGCCUCGACCCUGAUCCACGCCGAAGACGCCAUCCGCGAGGCCGGCUUUCUGCUGGUCGGUGCCAUUGUCGACGACGACGGUGGCAGCCGGUCCGAAAUCAUCGGCAAGGUCGUCAGCGAGCUUCCGGUUCCGUUCUUGACGUCGUUUGCCGAUGCCAUCGACCACCUGACCGGUGGUGAGGGCCGACUGGGCAGCGCGUCACCCUUUGAGCCGAUGCGCCACAUCUACCGCUGCAGCAAGGACGUGCUGGACGGCCUGUGUGACUCGUCUGCCGGCCUGUUGCGGUCGCGGACGCUGACGGCAGAGGAGCGCAAGGCCGUCAAGCGCUGGUGGACGAUGGAGUGGCAGUUUGUCGACCACUCCUUUCUUCGUGCGCGCGCCUGGAGCGAGGAUGUGGAAAAGUCGGGCAUGGAGAACUACUGUCGCGACGUCAUGGAGUUUGCGCGGCUGCUGAUGGCACAGGACGGCUUGAUCGCCUCGGCCCUGGCCGAGAAUGGCGGCUCGACUUCGAUGGAGCCGUUUGCGCACAGCUCGACGAUAGCAGCGCCACCGUCAUCGUCGUCGUCCACGAAAAACGACAGUGCUAUGCGUGAGGUGCUCGACGCGCCGCAGAAGCACUCGAUGGGCCUGUUUGAGAUGAUCCAGCUUCGCGACCAAUACUUGGUGGGAAUUAUCGUGGACAUCCUGGUGAAGCUGUUCACGCGGCUCAAGGAGUUCAACCUCAGCUUCCCCGACCGGUUUGUCAAUGCGAUCCGCAGCACGUACACGGCGCACCCGCAGAUCCGCAACAAGUUCAAGGUGAACACCAACAUGAACGACACGCAGCGGGCCGAGCUGAUGAAGGCGAUUGGCGACGGUGGCGAUGACGAUGACGACGAAGAUGUGGAGAUUGUGUCCUGGUCCUCGGCGACGGUGGCGGGCAAGUCGGCUAAGAAGCGGCAGACCACGAUCGAGGCCUGGUCUCGUGGUGGCAGCGGGACAGUCAAGACAGCCUCCUCGUCGCCGUCGCCGGCGCCGUCGGUCUCUAGCAAAGAGGCGGCAUCGCAGCUGACGCCGGGCCUGAACAAGCACAAGGCGCUGCUGGACCGGAUGAAGGCGACGGCGGCAGCCAAACCGGACCAAAAGGCGCUGCUGGCCAACCGGGCGGCGAUCCGAGAGGCUCGGCAGCGAGACAAGGCCGAGAUCGAAAAGCACAAGGCCGAGGCGAUUGCACGUGCGCGAGCGCUUCGAGCAGCACCGGUCAAGAGCGACAUCAUGAGCCGCAAGGGCGAACAGCUGCUGGACGAAGUAGAGCGGCGCAAGCGGGCGGCGAUGAAGCAGAUGAUGGCACGCAUGCCGGUCAAAAAGAUCAAGCAGCAGCGAUCGGCCAAGGACAUGCGGGCACGCAUCAUCCCCAACAUGGACCGGCUGCACCAGGCGAUCCUCGAGUGGGACAUCUUCCACGAGGGCAACGACCCGCCGUCGGACGGGUUCCAGUGUGUGGCCGUGGCCGACGACUACAUGUCGCCAGCUGAGUACAAGAAGACCUUUUUCCCGCUGCUGAUCAACGAGGCCUGGCGGUCGUUUGUCACGGCCAAGGAGGAGAGCACGGCCAAGGCGUUUGGCGUCAAGGUGGUGACGCGCAUCUCGGUCGACAACUUCCUCGAGGUCAGCACGCUGAUGCCGGCGGCAGCUAAUCGCGAGCGGCUGCUGGGCGAGGGCGACAUCGUGCUGCUGUCACGCGGAGCGGACCCACUGACGAGCCGUGGUGAGCCACACUGUCUGGCGCGUGUGUGGAAGCUGGCAAUGAAGCGGGAAAACUGCGAGGUGACGUAUCGGCUCAACAGCCGGCGCAACCUGAUCCUGCCGGUGCUGCUGCCGGGUGCCGAGUUUCGGGCAGUGAAGAUCACCAACAUGACCACGAUCGAGCGCGAGUACGCGGCCCUGGAGAGCCUGCAGUACUACGACCUGAUGGACGAGGUGCUCAAGGCGGCACCGUCGCCGAUGCUGACGUUUGGCGACGGCGCCGUGGCCGAGGUGCAGCGCACGUAUGAGCUCAACCGCGGCCAGGCCGUGGCCAUUCUGCACGGCAAGGCCAACGACGGCUUCACCCUCGUGCAAGGGCCUCCGGGCACGGGCAAGACGAAGACCAUCGUGGCCAUGGUGGGCGCGCUGCUGACGGGAACGAUCAAGACGAACGCGGCAGCCGUGGCGGUCAGCCGUCCGGGGGCCAACGGUCACGGUGACAGCACGACGAAGAAGCUGCUGGUGUGUGCGCCCAGCAACGCGGCCGUGGACGAGCUGGUGCUGCGGCUGAAGAUGGGCGUGCGAGAGACAACGGGGGCGUUGCGCAAGAUCAACGUCGUGCGACUGGGCCGGUCGGAGGCGAUCAACUCGGGUGUCAAGGAUGUCACGCUGGAAGAGCUGGUCAAGUCGGAGAUCUCGCGGCAGACAAAGGUGUCGUCGUCGUCUGGUGGUGGUGGUGGUGGUGGUAGUGAUGCUAAAGAGCAGCCCGUCAGCGAUCGGGAACGGAUGCACCUGCGUGCGGGCGAGAUCAAGGCCAAGGUGAUGGAGCUGAUGCCGGCGUUGGAGGCAGCCCGACGAAGUGAUGAUCGCGACGUGAUGAACCGGCUGCAGCGCGAGCACGACGAGCUGCGGUCGGAACAGCGACGGAUCGGCGCGCAGAUCGAGCGCGACAAGGAGUCGGGCAACACGUACGCACGCGAGACCGAGAUCAAGCGGCGACAAAUCCAGCAGAAGAUCCUCAACGAGGCCCACGUACUGUGCGCAACGCUGAGUGGUAGCGGCCACGAUAUCUUCAAGAAUCUCAACGUCGAGUUCGAGACGGUCGUCAUCGAUGAGGCGGCCCAAUGCGUCGAGCUGAGCGCUCUGAUCCCGCUCAAAUACGGCUGUGCCAAGUGCAUUCUGGUCGGUGACCCGAAGCAGCUGCCGCCAACGGUGUUGUCACAGUCGGCUGCGCGCUAUGGCUAUGACCAGAGCCUGUUUGUGCGCAUGCAGCGCAACCGCCCGCAGGACGUCCACCUGCUCGACACCCAGUACCGCAUGCAUCCCGACAUCAGCCGCUUCCCGAGCCGGCAGUUCUAUGAGGGGCGUCUGAUCGACGGCGCCGACAUGGCCCGUUUGCGUGCCCAGCCAUGGCAUGCCAAUCCGUUGUUGGGUCCGUAUCGUUUCUUUGACGUCAGCGGUGCUCAGGAAAAGGGCCACCGUGGUCGAUCGCUGGUCAAUGAGAACGAGGUCGGCGUGGCUCUGCAGCUGUACCGCCGCUUCCGUGCCGUCUAUGGCAGCGGUCCGCAGACGAGCCGAGGAGACGACGACGAGGCCGGGCCCAAGAUCGGCAUCAUCACGCCGUACAAGGCUCAGCUGCAAGCCCUGCGCUCGCGCUUUUCCUCCCAGUUUGGCGACGACAUCCUGCAAGCGGUCGAGUUCAACACCACCGACGCCUUCCAGGGCCGCGAGUGCGACAUUAUCAUCUUCUCACAUCCGCCGCAUUUGAACGUCGGUCUGACCCGAGCGCGCUCGUCGCUGUGGAUCUUGGGCGACUCGCGGGCUCUGCGCCAGGGCGAGUUCUGGCACGCCCUCAUCGAGGAUGCCAAGGGCCGUGGCGAGUACACUGGCGGUGAUGUGAUGGGUUUGCUUCGAAAUGGUGGUGGAGGUGGCAGACAGGUUGAGAAGCCGAAGCCGGCAAUGGAGAAGCCGAAACAAGAAAGGCAGAGACCCGUGCAGCCCGUGCAGACUGCACGUAAAGCAAGCGGUUCCAGCUGGUCGACCCCUUCGCGGCCAGUAGCCGCAGUCAAGAAUAACAACGAUGACGAUGAAGACGACAGCUAUUCGCCUCCGCCAGCCAUGUCGCCGCCCAGCCAGCCGCCACGCAAACAGCGACCGCCACCGCCGAUGCUGCCGACCACAUACACGGUAGUCGACCGACCAGGACGGCCAGCUCCGGCGCCGUCCGACAUCGCCGGCAUUGGCGGCAUCAACGAGCGCGGCGAGCCAUUGCCGACCGGACCACGCAACACGGAGCGGCCGGUGGUGCAAAGCGGUCCAGCCGUGUCCCUCUCCAACAAGAAACGGCCGCACGAAGAGGCGGCCGAGACGCAGCCAUCAAAGCGGACGGCCCCCGAAGCAAUGCUGCCGGCGAGACCGCCGCCACGACGGCCCACCGAUCCAUCGGCCAUGCAGGUGCUCGGUAUCGACGAGCCAUCGCAGGCACGACCGCCGCCACAGGCGCCGCGAGGACCGAGGCCACCGAUGCGACCCAAGAAAAAGGGACCGGCCGAUCCAUUCAUCAAGAAGAAGCCGAAGCGGAUGUAG